AGGGAUAGAGAGGUCAGGGAGGUGUGGCAGUGUCCUGUGCUGUGUGUAGGGGUGAGUCAGCACAGAUGGAUAGAGAAAGGGACAGUUUAUAGACAGCUUAGCUUGGCUGAUAGAGACAGGAGAGAGUGGUGUCAGAUGUCUCCUGGUGUGUGUGUGUGUGUGCGCGUGCGAGCGAGCGCGCGCCUGUGUGUGUUUGUGUAUUGGUUUGUGUGUAUUGAUUAGGCAGAAGGUGGUGAGGUUGAGGGGAGCUCAACACGGGCAGACUUGCAGCAGAGUGACACAGAGAGGAACUGAGAUGUACCACUGCUUUAACACACACGGCUGAAACCAGGACAAAACCAAAGAGUAUUGAAAGAGGGACGGCGGGUGAGGGGAGAUUGGAGGACUAGUGUGGGGGAGCAGCAGCCAUGGCAGAUAACUAUAUGUACCAGCAUCUGUCCUACGAGAUAGAAGAGGAGGAGAAGGAAGAGAGGAAGGAGAGAGUGGGAGAAAAUAUGAUGACGGAGGAGGGGACAGAGUGGUUGAUAGAUCUGUUAACAGACGUUCAGCUGCAGCAGUACUUCCUGCGUGUCCGUGACGAGCUGAACGUGACUCGCCUGUCACACUUCGACUACGUCAAGAAUGAAGACCUGGAGAAGAUUGGCAUGGGGAGGCCAGGACAGAGGAGGCUUUGGGAGGCAGUCAAGAGGAGGAGAGCUCUCUGUAAACGCAAAUCCUGGAUGAGCAAGGUACAGCACACAGUAUUUCCAGGGAAAAGACCUGACUCUGACUCUGACCCACAGCAGCCCCGGGGGGCAUCGCCCACCUUGAUGACUCCAGGCUUAACCCCGUCCAGCGAUGGGCCGUCGUCGGGGGCAGCCCUGACCUGUCUGAUCCGGGAGGCAGAGCUUCAGCUGUGUGAACGACUGGGAGACGGAACCUUUGGAGUCGUCAGGAGAGGAGAGUGGACCGGACCGACUGGACAAGUGCUGUCAGUAGCGGUGAAGUGUCUGAAGACAGACAGUGUGUUAGACACUGAGGGGUUGGAUGAUUUCAUCAGAGAGGUGAACGCCAUGCACUCCCUCAACCACCAGAACCUCAUACGGCUCUACGGAGUGGUGCUCACUCACCCCAUGAAGAUGGUGACAGAGCUGGCUCCUCUUGGUUCUUUAUUGGAUCGUCUGAGGAAGCGACAGGGACACAUCCUCAUCUCCUCUCUGUGUGGCUACGCUGUACAGGUGGCGUGUGGCAUGGCAUAUCUAGAACAGAGGCGGUUCCUUCACAGAGACCUGGCUGCAAGGAACGUUUUGCUGUCGACCAAUGAAAUGGUGAAGAUCGGUGACUUUGGCCUGAUGAGGGCGCUGCCGUCACACCAGGAUACAUAUGUGAUGGAGGAGAGUCACAAGGUGCCCUUCGCAUGGUGUGCUCCAGAGUCAUUGAGGAGUAGAAGUUUCUCUCAUGCUUCAGACACCUGGAUGUUUGGAGUCACUCUGUGGGAGAUGUUUACACACGGACAGGAGCCAUGGCUAGGACUCAAUGGCAGCCAGAUUCUCCAUAAGGUGGAUGUGGAGGGGGAAAGGCUGGUGAAGCCAGAUGACUGUCCCCAGGAUGUUUACAACAUGAUGCUGCAGACCUGGAGCCCUCAGCCUGAUGACAGACCAACAUUCACCGCCCUCAGAGACUUUCUAUUGGAGACCAUGCCUACAGACAUGAAAGCGCUGCAGGACUUUGAGGAACCGGACAAACUCCAGAUCACCAUUAAUGACAUCAUCACCAUCAUCGAGGGCAGAGCAGAGCUCUAUUGGUGGAGAGGUCAGAACAGAAGGACGUUGCGUGUGGGACAGUUUCCUCGCCACGUGGUUACGUCGGUCAGCGGCCUGUCGGCCCAAGACAUCAGCAGACCCCUCACACACUCCUUCAUUCACACUGGACAUGGAGACACUGACCCACACAGGAGCUGGGGGCACGCUGACCGCAUAGACAGCUUGUACUUGGGAAACCCCAUGGACCCCCCUGAUGUUAUGGGAAUGGAUCCUUCCACUGCCCGGCCCACCAAACUACCCAACCGCACCAGGAAGCAGCCUCCUCCUCGUCCUCCCCAGCCUGCUGUCUUGAUCCAGAAGCCGUUCUAUGACUCUGUGUUAGAUGAUGAUGAUGAAUAUGAAGGUGCUUCGUUGGGGCUGAAAAAACUGGGUGUGGCUAUGGGCCUUAAACUCCGCCCGUGGGAGGGGCCAGGUGUAAGGUCGGCCAAAAGCGAGGUCUCGCUCAUCGACUUCACCGAUGACAGCUUUAGCUCGGCCACGUCCUCUCCUCUCACUGAGACAUGCCUACCUGACCAGGACACACUCAAGGACCUUCCUUCCAUCCUAGACUGGCCCCUCCCUCUUCCUGCCUAUGACGAGGUUGCCACGGAAGCUGAGGGCCAAUUGGCAGACAUGGAGGUUCGAUCUAUCACUGGAUUCGCUGAGGGGAUUUUAUCUCCGCCCAGCGCCGAUGCAGAGGGGAGGGGCUUAACACAGUCAGCUGAUCUGUUCCAGGAGCUGCAGAGAGAGGUGAUGGUGAAACUGCGUGUUCCCAUGACAGCCGGCCGUUCCCUCCCCUCCUCCCCUCUCCCCCUCUCCCUGGCCCCCCCGGCCCCUCACAGACAGAUCUACCUUCCUCCCCCCUCCUCCUCUUCUUCCUAUGAGGACAGACCCAUGCUACCUCCACGCUCCCCCAUCCCACCCCUCCGCUCCUCCAAACGCAUUUCCCUAGGUGAGAGGGAUGACACGCCCCCUCAGAUCCCUCCCAGAGACCAUGCCUUCUCUCAACCCUCCUCACGCGCCGCCUCCCCCCUUCCUUUAGUUCCUCCCCUCUCUGUCUCCCCUCUCUCCUCCUCCCCCCUUUGUCUCCCACCCCCUCCCCUCUCCGUCUCCCCUCGUCAGAGGACAGGGCUGUAUGGUGUUGUAGGUCCUCUUGGCUCUCUAGUCUCCUCCUCCCCCUCUUCCUCUCCUCCCUCCUCCAUCUAUUCCUCCAGGCUCACUGCUGCCCCUCCUCCCAGCGCUUCAUUGGAUCCCCUUAUUGACAGCUCUCAAAGUUCUGAACGCCCCGCGUACCUGGAGAGAUAUGGAGCUGCCAAAAUGGCCACUGUCCGACCCAUGAUGAAACAGCAACCAGGUGGGGGUGGGGCAAGGCCUAACACCUCUUUCAACAACAACAAUCACAGGACUCAACAUUUAACUACAGCUCCCAGCAGGCAACGGGAGAACAGCCUCAUUCAGGUGCAGGGGGCAGUGCAUGGUGUGACAGCAGAGGAGUGUGAAGUGGCUCUGGAGACUCACAGCUGGAACAUCCCUCAGGCAAUAUGCCAACUAAAGGUUGAACAGUUGUUUCGCCUGGGUCUGCGUUCUAGAUCAGAGUGCCAGGAGGUUCUAGAGCGUUGCCAGUGGAACCUAGAACAGGCAAGCAUCCUGCUUCUGGACUCUUAUGGGAAAGUAGGCUGAGACAGACUCCAGGACUACUGACCUAUAACCCCACAGAUCUAAACCUACAGACCAGAAACUGCAUACAUUUCCCUGUAAAUACAGACCUUUAACCCUACAGACAGGAAACUACAGACAUUCCCUUAUAAUUACAGACCUUUAACCACAGACCUAAACCUACAUACCGGAAACUACAGACAUUUCCCUAUAAUUACAGACAUUUAACCCUACAGACCUAAACCUACAGACAGGAAACUACAGGCAUUUCCCUAUAAUUACAGACCUAAACCUACAGACAGGAAACUACAGACAUUUUCCUAUAAUUACAGACCAUUAUCCAGCGAUCUAAACCUACAGACCAGCCCACCUGUGUACUAGAGAACUGGGCGGGCCAUAGAAAUAUACUUAAUAGAACAGACAUGGCUGAGUCCUACGAAGGGAAACACUAGACAAGCACACAACUGCAUGCUCAGUAGUUAAGUUAUUAUAUAGUUAUAUUAUUUACUUAUAUAUAUAUAUAUAUAUUUGAUUAAUAUCGUUGUUAGUAUUACACAGUCGCUCACAGGGUCAAAUCUGAAGUCUGAAUAUUUAUUGUUUGGAUGUCUAGGGAUUAUUUAUGUUGCUGUAAUGACUUCAGCUCUCAGUGUGUGUGUGUGUGUGUGUGUGUGUGUGUGUGUGUGUGUGUGUGUGUGUGUGUGUGUGUGUGUGUGUGUGUGUGUGUGUGUGUGUGUGUGUGUGUGUGUGUGUGUGUGUGUGUGUGUGUGUGUGUGUGUGUGUGUGUAAAUACCUGCUGUAGAUGCUGUUGAUUGUACUGGUGGUGAUCUGCUGUGAUCAGGGAUAUAAACCACAUUCUGCUGUACCUGUAGCACUUUUCAUGACUUCAACACUGAGUCCACAUGUAGUGUUCUGCACGGAUAUAACGUGUCAUUGGAAAGCAUGAUGAUGUUGUUGUAUUGUAGAUAAUGUACUAUUGUGAUGUUAAUAUUACAUGGAAUACAAGUAUAUAUGUGUUGAUAAGUCCUGUAAACAGUAUAGUGUUUAAUGGUGUGUGACAGACAGAAGAUUUUAAGAUGAUAAGAAUAAUGAUAAUCAUGAAGGUGUGUGUGUGUGUGUGUGUGUGUGUGUGUGUGUGUGUGUGUGUGUGGUGCACGCAUGCUCGUGAGUGGGUGUAUGUGAAAGAGUGUGUGUGUGUGUGUGUGAAUAGUGAUUAUAAUUACACGCAAUUAUACACCAUAUUACAGACCUAUCCACAGGGAGGUACAGAUACUGCAAAGUGUGUGUGUGUGUGUGUGUGUGUGUGUGUGUGUGUGUGUGUGUGUGUGUGUGUGUGUGUGUGUGUGUGUGUGUGUGUGUGUGUGUGUGUGUGUGUGUGUGUGUGUGUGUGUGGGUUAGGGUUAGUGUGUGCUGGCUCUAGCUGGUAGUGCUAUAAACUGAUGGUAGUAAUAUUGGCUGGAGGACAAAAGAUCUGUAAUACAACAUGUCUGAUAUUUUUUAAUAAACUGAUUUUUGGAUCAACUCUGGAUUAUA